AUGAAUAUCUUGUCUUUCGCACUCGGAACAUUGGCUUUGGCCGUUUUCAGUGAUGCCCAAGAUGCCAACCAACCACACAUUAUUUUCAUCAUGGCUGAUGACAUGGGCUUCAAUGAUGUAAGUUUUCGUGGUUCGAACCAAAUUCCGACCCCAAAUCUGGAUGCGUUGGCCUACAAUGGGAUGAUACUGGAUAACCAUUAUAUGCAACCUCUAUGUACGCCUUCAAGAGCAGCGCUAAUGACUGGCAGAUAUCCAAUAUACUCAGGUUUACAAGGCGCGCCAUUAUUGGCGAACGAUGUAAGGGCUCUUCCACCAGGAAAAAUUUUACCAGAAUAUUUAAAGGACUUGGGUUACACAACAAGAUUAGUUGGAAAAUGGCAUUUGGGACAUAGAUCUCUCAAUGAGACUCCAACGUACAGAGGUUUUGAUUCUCACUUUGGCUAUUGGACUGGUUGCACAAGCUAUUUUGACCACGUGCUGGCUGAAUACACUAGUGAUGGAAAGGCUCACUAUGGUCAUGAUUUCUACCGUAAUACAACAAGCGCAUGGGAUUUGCAAGGCCAAUACGCAACAAGGCUUUAUUCCCAAGAGUCUGAACGAAUUAUUAAUGAACAUCAAAAUCCCGAGGAAAACCCACUUUUUCUUAUGGUUGCUCAUAUGGCUCCCCAUUCGGCAAACAAAGGAAAAUUUUUGGAAGCGCCGCAAGAAACUAUUGACAAGUUUUCUCACAUUCCAAAUGUGGAUCGGAGGACAUAUGCUGCAAUGGUCAGUGAAUUAGAUGACAGUGUUGGAGUAUUAGUAGAAGCUCUGAAAAGGAAAAAUAUGUUGCACAAUUCUGUGAUUCUAUUCAGCUCAGAUAAUGGAGGUGCAACUACAGGAAUAUAUCCCAACUGGGCGUCAAAUUAUCCAUUAAGAGGCAUUAAGGGUUCUCUGUGGGAAGGCGGUGUACGUACUUCUGCUUGUAUAUGGAGUCCAUGGAUGCAGGGAAAAGGCAUUCACGACGGUUUGAUCCAUGUUACUGAUUGGUUUUCUACUUUUAUAACUCUUGCUGGUGGUGAUGUUUCACAAUUGAAUGUGGAUGGCUUGGAUCAAACUGCAUCCUUAAUUUAUGGCUAUCCAUCACCCAGGAGAGAAAUGCUUCUCAACAUCGAUGAAGUACAAAAACAUUCCGCAAUCAAGUACGACAAUUGGAAGUUAAUUGUAGGACCAGCAUUCAAAGGGCAAGCCAACCUCUACAGUGGAGAAAAAGGAAUUGAAGUAACCCAUGAGCCCUUUUAUGACAUUUCUUUGGUCAAAAAUAGUUUAGCAGGUCGCGCCUUAGCCGAAAUUGGAUUUGUCUUCAAUGAUAAUUCCUUGUGCUUAUUCGAUUUGAGCAAAGAUCCAUGUGAAUCAAAAGACAUAUCUGCUAACAAUCCAAACGUGGUUAAUGACCUUUUGCUAGCAAUUGUACAAUAUAAAUCGAAUAUGAUGCCCCAAAUGCUUCCGGAAGUUGAUCCUCGAGGACUUCCAGAACUUUACAACUACACGUGGUCCCAUUGGCUUGACCAAAGUCCAACCACACCUCAGCAUAGUAGCCAAAUUGGAUUUAAUAGUCAAUACUUUGAUUAUAUGGAGAGCUUUGAAAAUUUUUAA